AUGGCCAUCCUUAAACUUAGCCUUGUUUUGCUUGUUCUUCAUGUUGUGCAACUGCAAGGCAACGCAAUGAGUGAUUGUGAGGGCACCAAGCCGAAUAUCACCGAUUUUGACAAGCUCCUAGAUGGCUGUGACAUAAAAGAGAAUCACAUAGUUCAAGGGGUCAUAUUGCCUGUUUGUGUGCCCAAAAUUAACCUAUCGUUGAUGACUGAUAAUUAUACAAUUACUACAACAUCUCAAUAUGCAAAAUAUCUGAAGGAUUCAAACUACGCUGGGAUUGGGAUUGGCUCUAAGGAUAAUUGGAUGGUGGUUGUUUUGAGCACUAACACAUCAGCCGGAAACUUUUCCCGUGCAACUUCUUUGAUUGCAAAUUUCAUUCUAACCAAUGCAAUUUUUACAUCUACUGCCCAAACAUAUCUCUGGGAUGACCUUAAUGGUUACAGGAGGUCACUACAUCUCAACAACUUCACUGACAACAGCAAUGCAGCUUGCCUAGCUAAUAAAAUUGCAGACCAGUUAAAGAAUGAAACAUGUAAAAACGCCUUUAACUUCAGCUCCACUCCAGGCACCAAGCCUAAUGUCCCCAAAUUUGACAAGUUCUUGCAUAAGUGUGACAUAAAAGACAAACACGCAGUUGAUGGGAUCAUAUUGCCUGUUUGUGUGCCUAGAUUAGACCCAAUUGUGGUGUUUUCUAAUUAUACAAAAUCUCAAUAUGCAAAAUAUCUGAAGAAUUCAAACUACACCGGGGCUGGGAUUGCCUCUGAGGAUAAUUGGAUGGUGGUUGUUUUGAGCACUAACACAACAACCGGCAACUUUUCCGGUGUAGCUUCUUUGAUUGCAAAUAUCAGUAUGGGUAACUAUAUGUUGGCUUUGUUCCUUGGAUUGCUGCUUGUUUCAGUGAGCUGAAAUGCUCCAGGUGCUUGUGAUUUACACAAAUUUACCUUCUU